AAGGGCCUCCAAAAUAGUGUUUAUUAAUUUUCGCCCUUAGACACAGCUCCAUUUAACUUUUGUUUUUACAGAAUUCCUAAUUAUUAUAAUUCAAUUUUUUUAUUUCAAAGAGAAUGAAUACAAUUGCGCCCUACGGUAGUUGGGAAAGCCCACUCUCGGCCAAAGCCCUGGCAUCCUCUAAUACUUCCACGAGCAGUACCCGCAUAGACCAAGGCAAUCCCUCACGCGUGUACUGGCUGGAAACGCGCCCGACGCAAAACGGCCGGCACACUCUGCUAAGCAAACUCGUCGACGACUACUCUGACGCCACGAUGAUUGAGCAUUUAUCAGGAGAAGAGUGGAACGUGCGGUCAUCCGUGCAUGAGUACGGCGGAGGCGCAUAUGGGGUGCACCAGGGUGUGGUUGUGUUUACCAAUUGGAAAGACCAGGGGGUUUAUGUUUUAGACACGGUCGAGGCAAAGGUGCCUAGACUGGUGUGUGGUAGUGAUGGCCGGAGGUACGCAAAUUUUGUGUUUUUCGGUGCGUUUGUUGUGUGCGUGUGCGAGGAUCAUCGCGGUGAGGGCGAGGCAGUCAAUACUCUGGUGGCAGUGAGGCUGAGCGACGGCGUGGUUACGCAGCUGUUUGCUGGGACGGACUUUGUGUCGUCGCCGGUGCUCAGCGCGGACAAUACUGAGAUUGCGUUUUGCACGUGGCAACAUCCCGACAUGAACUGGGAUGCGACAAAGCUGCGGCGCGCGACUAUUUCUGCUUCCCACGCUGGGCUGCCGCAGCUGAGCAACCUGUCAGUGGUAGCCGGGGACACCCAGAGGGAGAGCGUGUACCAGCCACGGUUCGACUCCCAUGGCCGGCUGCAUUUUAUCAGCGACCGCGCCAAUGGAUUUUGGAACCCACACUACGUGGACCAGGACGGCCAAGUGCGGCUGUCGCUGGAUGAGCCAACUGAGGCUGAGUUUGCACCGCCCGAGUGGGUGCUGGGCAUGUCGACAUUCCAGGCUGUUCCAGAUGGCCGCGGCAUGGUGGUGACGUAUUGUCGCCAGGGCCAGGCGCACCUGGGUAUUUUGGACGUGGACACGAGGGUGAUGGAGGAGCUACCGGUGCCUGGGUGGACGGUGCUGAGCGGAUUUCAGAUGGGCAGGGCGCGUUCGGGCGAGCCUGUCCUUGUGCUUGUCGCCGGCGGGCCGCUCGAGAGCCCCGCACUGUACACGUACUACAUCAAUGGAUUGCUUCAGCAGCAGCCACAGCGGCUCGUAUCCAUGGAAGUUAAGGCAGAGGACUUGGACCCGUCGUUUAUCUCGGUACCGCGUGAGAUCGCAUUCCCCACGAGGCUGCCGCCCUUCGACGAUGGUUCCGAGGAAACCGUCGCGUACGCAUACUACUAUGCGCCAACAAACCCAAAUUAUGUGGCACCCGAGGGCGAGCUGCCGCCGCUCUUGGUCAUGCUCCACGGAGGACCGACCUCGGCCACCCACGCAGUGUACCAAAACAAGAUUCAGUACUGGACAUCGCGUGGAUUCGCUGUCGCUGACGUCAACUAUGGAGGGUCCACAGGCUACGGCCGCGCAUACCGCGAGCGCCUGUACCCGCAGUUCGGCAAAGUGGAUGUUCAGGACUGCUGUGCGGCUGCGUUACAUUUGGCAGCGCUGGGGUUGGCCGAUCGCCGUAGGCUGAGUAUCAUGGGCGGCAGUGCCGGUGGGUUCACGACUCUGGCAUGUUUGGCGUUCCGCCCCGAAGUGUUUGCUGUUGGCGCCAGUCUCUACGGAAUUUCAGAUUUGGAAGUACUGGCGCAGGAGACGCACAAGUUUGAGGCUCAGUACCCUGUUCAUUUGGUCGGCCCAUACCCUGAGAAUCGCCAGGUUUAUCAUGAGAGGUCGCCCUUGUUUUCUGUCGAGCAGUUGGCGUGCCCGGUGGUGUUUUUGCAGGGGUUGGAGGAUAAGAUUGUGCCGCCGAAUCAGGCCACGCUGAUGGUUGAGGCGCUUAAGCACAAGGGCGUGAGGGUUGCAUUGGUUGAGUUUGAGGGCGAGCAGCAUGGAUUUAGGAAGGCAGAGAGUAUUGUGCGUGCGUUGGAGGCUCAGCUGUACUUUUUUGGCAAGGUGCUGGGUUUUGAGCCGGCAGACUGCAUUGAGCCUGUUCCGAUUCACAACAGCAAUGAGCAGGAACAAUUGUGAAAAAGGCAAGGGGGUAUAUGCUCACAUAUGAAUUAACACGGCGCAAAGUAAAUAUUACCUUCAUCUAGCAAGAAAUGAAAAUUUAAUAAAAUAUUUAUUAUUCCGAAGAUACUCG